GUAUCUCUGUAGUAAUUACGCGCUUGGAGGUGUUUAGGAUAUACGGGAACAAAAAGCUGCGGCCUUCAGAAGUAAAGAGUGCAACUUAACUUUGCCUACGACAGUACAAUUACCUGUUGCACGGAGAAGCAUUUCGUGCGGGUUGCUUGAAAGAUCAAUAGACUGUCCAGAGAGAAUAAUCGUGAUGUCUGAAGUCAAAAGGAAAUUAGUUUUGGGUAUUGAUAUUGGAACAACAUCUAUAAAAGUCUGCAUUGUUGAUGCAGCCACAAAACAGACAUUGUCUAAGCAGGCAAAGGAUACUCAAGCAAAUGUGCCUAGCGACCAAGGGUCAGAAGGAAACAAGCAAAAUGUACCUAAAAUUAUUUCUGCAUUGAAUUUUUGCAUAUCUAGGCUUCCAAAGGAUCAACUGAAAGAUGUGGAGCAUAUUGGGAUUUGUGGACAGAUGCAUGGUGUUAUGCUGUGGACUAGUCAGGAAGGAGAAAAAGCUUGGGAACGAACAGAGGUGUUUACUGGUUGUAGAUACGAAGCUAAUGCCAAAGCUGUAUCGGCACUAUAUACAUGGCAAGACUCUCGUUGUGACCCACAGUUUCUGGCUACACUGCCAAAGCCUCAGUCACACCUUCAUGUUUACUCUGGCUAUGGAUGUGCUACACUGUUCUGGAUUGCUCGCAACAGACCUGAUAAACUUGACAGAUAUAAUUGUGCUGGGACAGUCCAGGAUUUUGCUGUGGCCAUGUUAUGUGAUAUGGAUAAGCCUGUUAUGUCUGUGCAGAAUGCUGCGAUGUGGGGCUAUUUUGACACAAAUACAUCUGAAUGGAAUACUGAUAUUUUACAAAAUGCUGGAUUUCCAACCCAUAUACUACCAAGAAUUGUCAAAAGUGGAGAAGUUGUAGGAAGUCUUGCAAACAGUUGGUAUGGGAUUCCCAGUGGUACUCCUGUAGGAGCAGCAUUGGGGGAUCUUCCAUGUUCAGUUCUUGCCACACUGGAAAAAGAUGAUGAUGCUGUGAUGAAUAUAUCUACAUCUGCACAACUAGCAUUUGUUAUGAAACCAGAUUUUCAACCUAGCCAUCAGUCUCCAGAGAAACAGACAGUGCUGUAUUUCCCUUACUUCAGUGGGAGAUACUUAGCUGUGGCUGCAUCAUUAAAUGGUGGAAAUGCACUGGCUACUUUUGUUCGUACCCUUCAACAAUGGACAUUAGAACUUGGCUUCAGUGUUCCACAGUCUAAAGUGUGGGAAAAAAUACUGGUUUUGGCUGCUGAGGAAAAUGCAGUUUCAUCACUGAAAGUGAUACCAACAUUGUUGGGAGAAAGGCAUAGUCCUGAACAAAAUGCAACAGUUACAAACAUUGAUUUAGGUAAUCUGUCAUUGGGACAAGUAUUCCGUGCAUUAUGUAGUGGUGUUAUUGAAAAUCUACACAGCAUGAUGCCAAGAGAAGUGCUGUUGGAUUCAAGUAUAAAGCGGAUAUUAGGUAUUGGCUCUGCACUAACUCGUAAUAAAGUUCUCCAGGCAGAAGUUCAGCACUGGUAUCAAUUGCCAAUUGAUUUUGUAUCUGGAGGAGAUGCUGCUAUGGGAGCGGCUUUAUCAGCCUUGUCUGUAUCUUAGCUGUAACUGGUCAAACAGUCUCUGUCAGAGUAAUAUUUUUUGUCAAAAGACAAUUUGUAUGACAUUUGUCAUACAGAUUUCCUGAUUUAUGCUUGCAUGGAAAUGAGUAGGCCAAGAAAUUAAAAUGAAGAUAGUGCUAGUUAGAACUGCUCAAGCUAUAUUUUGAGCAGUAAUAUUGAUUUUAAAAACAUAUCAUUAUAUGUAAGGUGGGUCGAGGAGUAGUUAACUACAGAAAUAGGCUAUGUACUGUACCAGUCAAAAGAAAUCAAGAUGGAGGCCAGAAGCACGAUUAAGCAUGUGAAAGUUUAUAAGUGAAAAAGUAAAUUUGGCUGUUCUCAUAUAACAGAGAAAUUAAACCCAUUCUAAGAACUGCACAACAAGAAUGAAUACCAAGCUUUGUUAUCUGAGCUGAAGGGAGUACAAGAAAACAAUAAGAUAACCAGGAAAUGCAGAUUUGAUUUGAGGGUGGAGGAGGGAUGGAAGAGGAGAGAAGGUUAAUUGGGGUAGACUAUUUAUACAGCUGUAAAUGUUGCCAUAGUGUCACAUAAUUUAGAUUUUCACCACUGAGUGUGGUCAGCAUUUUCAGAUAGAUUUUUCUUCUCUACAAUCAAGCUUGUGAAUAUUGUAGGUUACAAGUAGUAAAUUUGGCAGAUGUACUUCAAAGAGAACAAGAGCAGUUACUUGAAAGCUAGUAAAGUUUCUGCUAUUACGUUUGUUUAUGCACCAUGUACCAAUCUGCUUCAAGUGAAUGGGUUGCCUUUCCUAAUUUUUGUUUUGUUACAUCUAAAUAUUACACAGUUUUCCUAGGUGAUCAGAAUUGGUGACACAUAGUCAUAGCAGAUGAUUCCAUUUUGUUUCAGAUCUCAGCUAUUUGAAAGAGUCAAGAUAUCAUCAAAUUGUAAUCUGGUUUCAUUUUUUAGAUACUCUCAUGCAUUUACAUGUGGUGCUCUCUGAUAUGUGCUCAGUUCUAUGUAUCACAGUAUAAUCUGGUUUCAUUUUUUUAGAUAAUCUCAUGCAUUUGCCAAAUUUUGAUGGAUUUUAUUUUACUUUUCUCUGAUAUGUGACCAGUUCUAUGUAUCACUGUGUAAUCUAGUUUCACUGUUUAGAUAAUCUCAUACAUUUGCCAAGUGAUGAUCACCAGAAACCCUUGCCUGACAUUAAUCCAUCCUUUGUUAGCUAAAGCUCUCUUAGGACAACAAAUAAAAAUGUAUAAGAUUGUCUCAGAGAGACUGGGAACCAGCAUUUUGGUUAAUGUUGCUGUUAAUGCCCUGCUGUCCCCUGCAGUGUAUGAGUUUGUUUGUUCUGCUAUAAGCUUAAGGUCUCAUUUCAUAUGGUAACAGACAUUGGUAUUUAUUACAUGGAACAAACAUGAAUCAUAAUUCAAUGUAAAAGUUAUUGGGUUUACAAUUUCUUCACAGCUUGAGGUGCUUCAGAUAUUGUAACAGGAAAUUUUAAAGCAGAGUACUGCAUGUAAAACAGUUAUGUAGGAAACUGUUACCUAAAAAGCUUUAAAAUAGUUUUAUAGUUCUUUUGUAAUGCAGCAAAAAUAUAAGGUAAUUUGCCAGUUUCUUGCCUGUCAACAUUUAUACAGGAUUGUAUUUGAUUGACAUGUUAAAAUUUUAUCAUUAUAUGUAGAAUCAUAGUUAGUUUUGAUGUGCAUGAAGAGCAUGUAUCAAUGCAUUAGAGAAUUAGAAAACUUUCUGUAAUGGAUGACUGUACCUGUCUUACAUUCUUGUUCAUGUAGCAUUACGAGCUUCUAAAGACAAGUACUCAUGUACCAAGUGCUACAGUUAAAAAUUUUCUUCCAUGUAAAUAUUUUGGCAUCUCACCAUGCUCAGUAUCUUAUAUUACUUUGUUCUCUACACUUAAUAAUGUCUAAUAGUAAUCUCUAAUGGUUAGCAGAUUUGAUAACACAUGGAAAAAAACUUUUAAGUUGUUUCUCAGUCCAUAAAGUUGUGAAAUUAUUCCAUCCACUCUCUUUAUGUCAACUUCUGAUCAGCUAUCAGAACUUAGAUAAAUGACACUGUACAAGUUGUUAGAAUCAGAUCAAAUAAAACCUUUCUGGGCAGUUGUCAUCUACUAUAAGCUCACUUAUCCACUAGUUUUUUAUGCUUUCUUUGUGUCUCUUCAAAUUGAAGGGUACAUCACUCACUGUUUUACAAAACAGUUUCAGGCUUAUCAUAUUUUAACUGAAAAACUGUGAGUGUUCCAUGGUUCUCAGAUGUAUACCAUGCUAUGCUUUACAGAAUCCUCAUUGCUGUCUUUUAUUUGGCAUACAGUGUGUUUCGUAUGAAAUCACACACUGUUCUUAAAACUAAAACACAUAUUCACUAUUUUUUAUUCAUCUUGGGGUAUCUGUUUUCUGUUAGGUACUUUUUCACUUUAAUCUAUGCAAUAUUUCUGUCAUAUAUUUGCUUAUCAGAUUAUCUAUCAUGAUUUACCACAAAUAAACAUUUUUUUGUAGCCUGCAGUAUUCAUUAUCUUUUUUUUUCCCCCCACACAAACUAAGAUAUUCAGUAGGUUUCAUGUUCUAGAUCAUUUACUGGUUCUUCACUCAGUAUUUGACAGAAUUUCUUGUUUUUCCUCAAGUAUAUAAAGAAAGACAACUUUGCAAGAAGACUGAAGUGUCCAGGAAUUUUCUAGUGCUCACUUCUGAUAAAAAUUUGCAGUAUAUGUACUGUGUGCCAAUUAAUCUUCUGCAGCACGAAUUAAACAUAUCAGUAUAUUGUGUGCUAAUUGUGACUUUACUGUACAGUAAUCUAAAAUAUACUUAAUCUUAUGCAGUAAUAAAGGGAAUAUUUUUCCAAUGUAAGACUUUCAUGAGACAGGGAUGACAAAUACACAAAAUGAAUCUAAUACAGUUAAGCUAACACACAAAUUUAUUUCCUAUUGUUUGAGAGAUAUCACACAUUACUAUAGCAGAAACAUCUUUGUUCCUAUAGCCACAGCUUUCAAAAUUAAUUUUCUCAGAAGCAAAGAGGAUUCUUUAUUAUAAGUUCAACUACAGAGGCUUUGGUAUUUACAAAUACUGAUUUAUCUGAAUCCAGGUUUUCAGCAUGUUGCAUAACCUAUGUGCCUAAUGUUAUUCCAGGUGCUACAAAGAUUUAUUAAUCCUUUGUUUCACUAAACUGGAAAGUAAGUUCCUGUAAAUUUAAAAUCAUAUUCUGGAAACUCUAGGUUGGAAUAUCAACAUGAUUAGGAAAAGGACAGAUUGCUAUGCACCAUAAAGUUGGCCCAUUGAGUUACAGAUGGGUAUAACAAAAAUACUGUUGUGUAUUAUAGCUUUUGGCCAAAGUCUUCUUCAGCAAGGGAAACACACACACACACACACACACACACACACACACACACACACACAUUCACAUAAGCAAGGGCUCCUCAUGCAAAUGACCACUACCACCAGUAGCUCCGACCGGAAUCACAUUUACCAGUUUUAAAGGCCCUUUUAAUGCCAUUCAGUCACUGACAUUUAACAGUCUCAAAAUCCAGUUUAUAACUUCAGACACAGCAGUGCAGCAACAUUUAAACAACACCUAUUCUCUCACCCUCCACCUCCAUAGCCGAGUGGUCAGCAUGGUGACUGCCAUGCAGAGGACCUGGGUUCAAUUCCCAGUACUGCCAGGGGUUUUUCCUUGGUGGGAGGGCUGGAGCGGGGUCCUCUUAGUUUCUUGAAGCCAGUUGGGGAGCUACUUGAGUGACAAGCAGUAGUUCCAAUGUUUGUAAAACUGACAAUGGUCUGGAAAGCAGUAUGCUGACCCCACACCUCUCCAUACUGCAUCCAGAUGACAUCAUUGGCCGAGAAUAACAUGGCGGCUGGUCAGUCCCAAUUGGCCUGUCUGAGCCCAUAAUGAUGGAGCAUUUAAACAACACCUAUUCUCCCACCCUCCACUAUUCUCUCACCAAAAUCAUGCAUGUUACACAUUUAAUGGCCACUUUUUAUAUAAAAAUGUCAAAGUAAAAAUUUAUUGAUGAUGUUAAUUUAUUGGACUUUAAACUUAUUAUAUAAUGAGAUUUCUUCCCACCAUUAAUUUUCAGAAAAUCAAUGUUUCAGGAGUGAACAAUAUUUGCAGUCAAUAGAAAAUUUAGAAAAAUACAUUUUUAAUUGUUGCUGUGAUUACAUGCCCCUUUAUUCUGUAAAUGGUGAGCUGUAGGUGUGCAUAAAUUUUGGGGGUAAUGACCAGAAAGCAUUAAGAUUAAGUUAAGGUGUAAGAACUUAUAAAUCAGUAACAGAUAAAUUACUCAAUAUUCACUAUCAUAACAGAAGACCAAUAACAAACAAAAUCACUACAAUCCUUUAAUCAGAUUAUAUAGCAAACACAGUGAGAAAAAGUCCACCACUUCUUUAAACAAGUAUCAGCAAAUGACAUAUCAGGAGGAUUUACAACAGAAUCAUAGUCUCCUCUUAUCUUUUGGUUCUCAGUGACAAAUUGCCUUGUUUACCAGUAAUUAACAGAUAAUUUCUGUCUGCCUUUGACUCUCGAUGGAAGAAUUUCUUUUGUAGUCACAGUCCUUACUCUUACAAAAAUUAUUGGUCUGUGCUAGCAUAUUGUUCCCUUACAGGGAAUACUGUGGAGGUUCUGUGCUGUAAGAAGUAUAUUGCUUUCUUUAUAAACUCGGCUUUAAUUUUUUGUUAGCUCAUUGUGUAUUGCAACCACCUCCAGACAUACACUCUGUACCAUAAACAAAUGUUUGGUAAACUAUUUGUGCUUACCAGUAUGUUCUUAGCAUCCUCACUUAUACAGGUCUUCCAUAUUUUGUAUCACUAAUUUCAUAAAUAUCUUAGUUACAAGUGCACACACACACACACACAGAAACAGAAUCUUCUUUUUAAGAAAAGUGUAAUCAUAUUGCUGCACUUGUACUUCACACUGUGCAUGGUUGUGUGUGUGUGUGUGGGGGGGGGGGGGGGGGGGGUGAAGCCGAACUACACCAAUUUUUUAAUAUAUUGAAUUGUAUUGUUGUUAGUUUCCAUAACUGGUAUGACUGAAAAUCACACCGUUUGUUAUUUGGAGCUAAGCUGUGCUCAGCUCUUUCAGUGUGUAUACAACCGUAUUUUUAUCUAUUGUUAUUGUAUAUUAUAUGACGAAACCUUGAACUCCCAAAAUAUUCUAUAAGUGUGAGAGUGGAUAUUGCAGGUUAGUUCCUCUAUAUAUUUAUUUAUAAAAAGAUUUAUUCGUAGUUUAAGGAUCAAAAGUUAGUUGCAAUUAUUAUAUUUGAAAUGCAGAUAAAAGAAAUUAGUUAUAUCAGUGCAACACAGCAUUAAAUUGAAACUGAUUAUGGUAUAUUAAAAUUUGAAGGGAGUUUAAACUUCUUUUUAUGAAAGGAGUGAUGUUGUUGUUUUUGUACUUCCACUUCAUAUAAGAUUGUGAUAUAGUACUGUUUUGGAGAUAUUCGUAUUUAUAUAGUGUUUAUUAUGUUAGUUCCUAUUGUUUCCACAUGAAGUACAAAUAAUAACUAUAUGCACAACAUGCAUGGACCAUGUAUUACAUGAGUAAUUUACAAUACUUAUUAUAUUGUUAGAAAUUGUGCAUAUUUUUGUAAUAUAUCACAUAAAAAGAGGGAAUGAUUUGCAUCUGCUUGAAAUUGUUAUUAUUGUAGCUACUACUAUUAUCAUUGUUAUUGUACUCAUGAAAUGUCAACAAUUUAUUCUUAUUUCAAUAGAUUUUCAUUUCACAAACACAGUGUUUCAUUCCAACUCACAAUCUAGAUUCAGUAUGCUGAAAUUUGUUAAAAUUUAGGGUACAUUCUUUUCAUUUGAUAAUAACUUGGUGUUGAAACUUGACUGCAAUGACUAUUGGGCUAAGGUAACUAAGGAUUUAAGAACAUGCUGUCUUCCUGUCUCUUUUACUUUGAAAUACUACAGAUCAUUUUUUAUUAUACAAAAAAUCCAUCCAUUGCUUAAAUGUCACAGUGCCUUUAAAAACAGACCAUAGUAGCUACAAAAAUAUGAGUUUUGAAUGGGCUUGUUGUGCUAAAAUGGGAUAUAUUACUUUCAUAAAAUGCUUUAAGAAUCUCAGGUCCAAAUCAUUCCCAAGAUUUUAUUCAUAGCUGUUAUUUGUUCAGAACUGUGGUCCCUGUUUUUUCAAAAUAAAAAUCACUUGUAAGGUGCUCAAUUGUGCACCUGAUGACUGAAUUUUAUUUUGAAAAAAAGCAUUCCUAAUAUUUCAUAUUUUAUACACAGAUGAAUUCAUUCAGAAACUGUAAUAUUUUACUGUUAUU